ACAACCACUGAAGCUGCAACAACUGUAGCUCCUACUACCACUGAGGCACAAACAACCACUACCCUAACAUCCACUGUCACAACCACUGAUGUUGCUACUACCACAGAGGCAAUUUCCACUGAAGUUGUCACAUCCACGGAAGCCCCAACAACCACAGAAACUAUCACAACACUUGCUGCCACAACCACUGUAGCUCCAACUACCACUGAGGCUCCAACAACCACUGAAGCUGUAACAGCCACUAUAGCUCCUACAACUACUGAGGCCCCAACAACCACUGAAGCUGCAACUACCACUGUAGCACCUACUACCACUGAGCGGCAACAACCACUCGGUAACAACCACUCUCCUACUACCACUGACGCCCCAACAACAACUGAAGCUGCAACAACCACUGAAGCUCCUACUACCUCACCAACAACUACUGAAGCGGCAACAACCACUGUAGCCCCUACUACCACUGAUGCCCCAACAACCACUGAAGCUGCAACAACCACUGUAGCUCCUACAACCACUGAGGCUCCAACAACCACUGAAGCUGCACCAACAUCCACUGAAGCUGUAACAACCACUGUAGCUCCUUCUACCACUGAGGCCCCAAUAACCACUGAAGCAGCCACAACCACUGUAGCUCCAACUUCCACUGAGGCACUAACAACUACUGAAGCUGUAACAACCACUUUUGAAGCUCCCACAACCACUGUAUCACCUACUGCCACUGACGCUUCAACAACAAUUGAAGCUGCAACAACCACUGUAGCUCCUACUACUGAGGCCCAAACAACCACUGAACCUGCAAUUACCACUAUAGUUCCUACUACCACUAAGACUAUAACAGCCACUGAAGCUGCCACAACCACUGGAGCUCCAACUACCACUGAGGCCCUAACACCCACUGAAGCUGCAACAAUCACUCUACAAAAAAACACUACUAUCACUGAGAUCCCAAUAACAACUGAAGCUGCCAAAACCACUGUAGCUUCAACUACUGCUAAGGCCCUAGCUACGACUGAAGCUGCAACAACCACUGAGUCCCACUGA